CGGCGCCGUUGGAGUGCGGAACUGCCUGCUCGCCCGCCAGCAGUGCGCCGACGACCCCUCCUGCAGAUCCGUGCUUGAGAUCAUCCCCCGAGUGUGCGGGCCGGAGAACGGUAACACGUACGCCACGCCGGGUCCGCUCCCUGUGCUGCACUCCACCUGCCAGACGGCGCUGACGGACUGCCUCGCGGACCUCAGCUGCAGGAGGCUCCUCGACCCCGUGCUGGCCCGCUGCGACAACGACGGCUGCAACAGGGAGACCUGCAUGAGCGAGCUGCAGACUUUCUACCGCAACGUGCAGACGCGAUGGGGACACGAGGUGGCUUUCUGCCUGUGCAAGAAGAGCAGCACCACCGCCGACGAGUGUCUGAAAGCCCAAGAGAAGCUCCACCCUGCUUGUGCACGCAGGCCGGCCGGGCAGGUCCUCAUGCUGUGCAACCGACUCGCUGUGUCGUGCAAGGAGGAUGAUAGUUGCAGACACCGCCUCGAGUUCUACGAGCAGGCGUGCGCCGUGGACAGCGACACCCGCCGCUGCGCAGGCCCCACAGCCGAGUGCAGACGCGCCGUGCUGGGUAUCCUGGGCACGCAGCUGCGCAACCUCUGCACCUGCGCGGCCACGGGACCCAGAGAGACCUACACCUGCAUAGACUGGCAGCGGAUCCUCUGGUUCAACCCCUGCGUCGUGGAGGCCCAGACGGACUACCACCGCGACAUGCUGAGCACGCUGGACCCCCGGGAGGAGCUCACCACCAGCGCCAACAUCGCCUACACCUCCAUCGUGACGACGGGCGUGAUCAGCGAGCCAGUGCAGAGCAACGGCAACCCGUCAGGCACUCGGCCGGUGGUCAUCUACCCUCCGUCAGGCACGACUUCGACGCUGCCCACGCGCGCGCCAAGGACGACCACCACCUCGACGACGACCACGACCACCACCACCGUCCCACCGAAGUACUGCGUGAAGGCCCACGGCCCGAGCGAGAAGGAGGACUACAUCAUGGAGGGCGGCGGGCGGCGCUACUACAAGAGCGACGAGGAGUGCUCGGAGUUGUGCAUCUGCCACGCCGACGAGAAGCUCGCCUGCAGCGUCCUGGAGUGCGUGGAGGCCAAGCCGUGCGAGACUGACUUCGCCGUCUACGCCCACGCCGCGCCCGCCUACCAGGCCAUGCGCGGGGAGUGCUUCUGCUACUCGGGCUCCUUCAUCUGCGUCAGGCCCGAGCAAAAAGAGUACGAGGUGGACUAUGGAGUUUACCUGUUCCUCGGCUAUAGCAAGAAGGAGGAGAAGUUACUGAAACCCUACACGAAGACCGCCUCCCUCGUUGACGCCGCCCUGGUCAAGCUCGGGAAGCUGGUGCGAGACACGGCGGAAAUCAUGAAUGGCACGGCGUGCAAGCUGGACCUGAUCGAGCACAUCGGAGAGAACAUCAUCCUCCAAGCCACCCUCGAGGAGUUCGACUACACUCGAGAUAACAUGUCCGCGAUCAUGCUUCACAAGGAGAAGGAGGAGUGCGAGGACUCGGUGACGGAGGUGAAGAACAUGAUCAACGAGCACGACCCCGAGAUCCGCGCCGACAUGGCCCUGUCGCUGCUCAUCCUGGCGGAGGUGCAGGUGCGCGUGCCCCCGCUGCCCGCCGCCGCCGCCAUCGCGCACUGCCCGCCCCUCGUCCUCCUCGCCGCGCUCGCGCUCGCCGCCCUGGCCGCGGCGGAACACAUGCUGCUGGCCUCGUGAUAGAAGUGGCUGCCUAUGCUUGCAGUUUAUUAGAGAUGCCUAGGUAGCAUUUUGUUACUGAGUUGCGCAUGCGUCAAGUGCAUGCUGAGCCCAGUCGCCCACCCGGGCCGUGCGCGUGGUUCACGUGGCCAGUAGCUUCCAUGAACCUCCCUUUAUACUAGUUUUGUACCGCACCGUGACGCCCCCGAGGCCGUGCCCGCGCGAAGGCUGCCCCUGCGCCCUCACUGAGCCCCACCCUGAUGCCCGGCCCCGAGGGAGGCGGGCAGGCAGCUGGCGCAGGGCAGCAGCCUGCCCGCAUUACCAACUCUCGUU